CAGCGCCCCGUGCCCCGCUGCGGGGUCCUGGGGCCGGCGGCGCCAUGGACUUGGCCUACGUCUGCGAGUGGGAGAAGAAGCCGAAGAGCAACCACUGCCCGUCCAUCCCCUUGGUGUGCGCCUGGUCUUGCCGCAACCUCAUCGCCUUCACCACGGACCUCCGGAAUGAGGAGGAGAAGGAUCUCACCCACAUGGUCCAUAUCAUCGACACGGAGCACCCAUGGGAUGUCUACUCUGUUAACUCUGGCCACACUGAAGUCAUUACCUGUUUGGAGUGGGAUCAGUCAGGCUCCAGGCUGCUCUCAGCAGAUGCGGACGGCCACAUCAAGUGCUGGAGCAUGACCGACCACUUGGCCAACAGCUGGGAGAACACAGUGGGCAGCAUGGUGGAGGGGGACCCGGUCGUGGCCCUGUCCUGGCUGCACAACGGCGUCAAGCUGGCUCUGCACGUGGAAAAGUCCGGAGCGUCCAACUUUGGUGAGAAGUUUUCCCGGGUCAAGUUCUCUCCGUCGCUGACGCUGUUUGGUGGGAAGCCCAUGGAGGGCUGGAUCGCGGUGACCAUCAGCGGGCUGGUGACCGUCUCCCUCCUCAAGCCCAACGGGCAGGUGCUGACGUCCACGGAGAGCCUGUGCCGCCUGCGCUGCCGCGUGGCCUUGGCAGAUGUCGCCUUCACUGGCGGGGGAAACAUUGUGGUGGCCACGUCGGACGGCAGCAGCACCUCCCCUGUCCAGUUCUACAAAGUCUGCGUCAGCGUGGUGAAUGAGAAGUGCAAAAUAGACACUGAAAUCCUGCCUUCCCUCUUCAUGCGCUGCACCACGGACCCUGCCCGCAAAGACAAAUACCCAGCCAUCACUCACCUGAAAUUUCUCGCUCGGGACAUGUCGGAGCAGGUGUUGCUUUGUGCUUCCAACCAGAACAGCAGCAUCGUGGAGUGCUGGUCCCUGCGGAAGGAGGGCCUGCCGGUCAAUAACAUCUUCCAGCAGAUCUCUCCCGUGGUUGGAGACAAGCAGCCCAUGAUACUUAAGUGGCGAAUUCUUUCUGCCACCAAUGACUUGGAUCGCGUUUCGGCUGUGGCGCUGCCCAAGCUGCCAAUUUCCCUGACCAACACCGAUCUGAAGGUGGCAAAUGACACCAAAUUCUUCCCUGGACUGGGCCUGGCUUUGGCUUUUCACGACGGCAGCGUCCACAUCGUGCACCGCCUGUCCUUGCAGAUGAUGGCCGUCUUCUAUGGCUCUUCCUCGCAGCGCCCCAUGGAUGAGCAGACCAUCAAAAGGCAGCGCACGGCCGGGCCCCUGGUUCACUUCAAAGCCAUGCAGCUCUCCUGGACAUCGCUGGCCUUGGCUGGCAUUGACAGUCACGGAAAGCUGAGCAUGCUUCGCAUCUCCCCCUCCAUGGGCCAUGUGCUGGACAUGAACAUGUCGCUGCGUCACCUCCUGUUCCUGCUGGAGUACUGCAUGGUGACUGGCUAUGACUGGUGGGACAUCCUGCUCCAUGUCCAGCCCAACAUGGUCCAGAACCUGGUGGAGAAGCUGCAUGAAGAGUACAUGCGCCAGAACGCGGCCCUGCAGCAGGUCCUCUCCACGCGCAUCGUUGCCAUGAAGGCGUCUCUCUGCAAGCUCUCCUCCAGCACGAUAGCCCGGGUCUGUGACUACCACGCGAAGCUGUUCCUCAUCGCCAUCAGCUGCACUUUGAAAUCGCUGCUGCGCCCCCACUUCCUGAACACCCCGGACAAGAGUCCCGGGGACCGACUCACCGAGAUCUGCUCCAAGAUCACAGACAUAGACAUUGACAAGGUGAUGAUUAACCUGAAGACGGAAGAAUUUGUUCUGGAGAUGACGACGUUGCAGUCUCUGCAGCAGCUCAUCCAGUGGGUGGGAGAUUUCGUGCUGUACCUGCUGGCCAGCCUCCCCAACCAGGGCUCCCCCGUGCGCCCCGGGCACAGCUUCCUGCGGGAUGGCGCGUCCCUGGGCAUGUUCAGGGAGCUGAUGGUGGUGAUCCGCAUCUGGGGGCUGCUGAAGCCGAGCUGCCUCCCAGUCUACACAGCAACCUCAGACACCCAGGACAGCAUGUCCCUCCUCUUCAGGCUCCUCACCAAGCUCUGGCUGUGCUGUCGUGAGGAAAAUCACAUAACAGAGCCAGAUGAUACCCUGAUAGACGAGUGUUGCCUGCUGCCCAGCCAGUUGCUCAUUCCCAAUAUCGACUGGUUGCCCAUCAACGACGGCAUCAUCAGCAAGCUGCAGAACAAGCAGCUCGUGCGGCUGCAGUUUGGGAAGGCUCCUGGUCUCGGUCACACCGUCUCGUCCCAGUUUGAUGCCUUUGUCAGGGCACCUGGACAGCCCAAAAUCGAUCACCUGAGGCGACUUCACUUAGGAGCGUACCCGACAGAGGAAUGCAAGUCCUGCACCAGAUGUGGCUGCGUGACAAUGCUGAAGUCGCCCAACAAAGUCACCGCGGUCAAGCAGUGGGAGCAGCGCUGGAUCAAGAACUGCCUGUGCGGGGGCCUGUGGCGCAGGAUGCCCCUCAGCUACUCCUGA